UGAAAUGGGACCGGUCACGGUGAUACAAGUUUGAAGUCUAAACGUCAAAAAUUUAAGCGCAAAGGCUGACUAACUCAGCCACCCACUUUGUGCAUUGUAGUCAUCGCUUUCGCUUGGAUUCAACUCUGCGAAUCCUCUGCAUCAUCAGCCGGGUCUACUCAGUUGAACUUGAAGGCACUGUUACUGGAGCAUCAGAUUUAAAAUCCUAGAGAAAUGGCUGUAGUUGCUUCUGCUCCUGGAAAGGUUUUGAUGACUGGGGGUUAUCUUGUUCUGGAGAGGCCUAAUGCUGGAAUUGUGCUUAGUACAAAUGCUCGUUUUUAUGCAAUUGUGAAGCCACUUUAUGAGGAAGUCAAACCUGAAAGCUGGGCAUGGGCAUGGGCAGAUGUGAAACUAACUUCUCCUCAAAUGGCAAGAGAAACUAUGUACAAAAUGUCACUUAAGCAUUUAACACUUCAGUGUGUUUCUUCAAGUCCAUCAAGGAAUCCAUUUGUAGAAUAUGCAGUGCAAUACACAUUAGCAGCAUAGUUGUUUUGACCCCUUUAC